GGAGGAUAUCCUGGAGCCGUUGUGUCGCAGUCCAGCCCAUAGCCGGUUCACGGCCGUGAACCGCCCGAGGAAAGUGACUUCAAAGAAAAGGGCGGAUACAUCGGGCUGCUGCUUGCAGGGUGAGCAAACCGAUGCGCCGCUCCUUCUUCCUACCGCAUCGCCAUCUCUGAUGGGUCAUCUUUGGUCUUCUGUCAGGCGCUGACAGCAAUGGAUAACUCUCCGCCUCCAGUCCAAGUGGGAGGCGCUGCCGCUCAGCCCGAUGUGCAGCUGCAAGAUCUGUCACUUCCCGAGCCCCUGCGCGCGCAUCUCAAGGCCAUGGGCAAGCACUCAGGUGAUAGCGUAGCGACGACAUCCGCAUGGGGACAAUGGACGUCCUUAUUGGUGUUGUGUUGUGUGGCGUUUGCAGAGUAUUCUCUGGUGGUGUGUGGUGACCUCGAGAAGGAGUGCCAGCUGGCAAAAGUGGAGAAAGAGGUGCAAUGCAAUCGGCCUCUACAAUGAAUGCCGUGUGGAUGGAUGGAUGGAUGUGUGUGUUUGUGUGCGCGUGUGUGUGGUCAGGUCGGGAUGGACAAGGUCAGCAUGGCGUUGCUGGUGCACAGUGAGUGCAGCAAGCUGCUCCACCGAUACAACUGGCAUGGGGCACUCGCAGACCCCACGCAGGUGGGUACUCACAAGCUCAAUCCGACAGACAGACAGACAGACAGACACCCUCUGUGCUCUCCAUGUGCCAUCCAUUCAUGUGUGUCCGUCUACUGUAGAUGUUGUCGUCACACGAGGAGGGCGGCCCCUCUCCGUGGCUGGCAGGGCCGCCCGGCUCGCUGCCGCCAUCGCAGGAGGAGGAAGGAGAUGCCGAUGAGAAUGGCCAUGACGAUGGUGACGCACCGCCGCUGUAUACUGGCACAGGGGGCCCAGGUGGGAUGCAGCUGAUGGAGAUGCAGCUGGUGGAGAUGGAGAUGCCCCCGCCAUCGCCCUCGCCCUCCCCAGCGCCAGGCAUGCACCCGCCACUCGUACCCUCGUGCAUGCACUUCGGCACGGGAGCUGCCGAGUGAGUGACUGAGUGAGAAAGAAUAGACGAGCAAAGACAGACAAGAAAGACAACUGACGUCAUUAGUGUGUGUCGUGCUGUGUGUUGUCUCAUGUGAGGUUUGAUCGCAUAUUGGGCGGUGGUUUGCGAGCGGGCAGCUGGACGGAGCUGUACGGGCCGUCUUCGUCUCUGCUGACAGAGGUCCUCCAGUCCGUCGCCGCACACGUGACGAUGGCCCACCCAACAGCCACAGUCGUCUACUGCCAGGCUGGUACGGCACCAGCAUGCCGCCCUUUAUGCUCACUGCACUGGACUGAUUUAUCUGUCAUGAUGGAUGUCUUGUGUGCAGGUCUGACGUUCAGGGCCGAGAGUUUCCUGGAGGUGCUCAACGCGCGAUACAUCGACGAGCGGCUGCACGAGACGCAGGAGGCCGAGUCGGUGCUCAAGGCCGCCCUGUCGCGAUUGCGGGUGGAGCACACACCCACGUGGGAGGAGCUGUCUGUGGCACUCGACCGCAUACACAUGGCCAACGCCCUCCGUGGUGGCAAGCCGCGUGUGUUGGUGAUAGUGGACGGGCUGUCGCUGGUCUUCACGCCGCUCACGAGCCUCAGACCAUUCCCAUGUAUGUGUGUAUGUGGGUAUGUGAUGUGAUGUGAGGGAUGGAACGUCGUCAGAGAGGAUCGCUGUCUACUAUACUGUCCGUGUGUGUGGUGUGUGGUUGUGUGUGUAGAUGUGGAGCAUUUGCUGUGGCGUCAGAUGCGGCGUGUGGCCCUCAGCGCAGAAGUCGCCAUACUGGUUUGUAUGGAUGUAUCGAUCUCUCUAUCGUAUAGAGAGAGAAGCUCUCUCUGUGUGUAUGGUUUCCUCUGCCUCUCUCUCUGUCCUUCAGACGACCAACCACACAGUAUCGCCGAGCGGCCGCGACCAAACAACUGUGAGCCUGACGUCUGUUGGGGGCUCUCUACAUAAUUAGCUGACAAACAAACACGCCUGUCUGUCUGUCUGUCUGUCAGCAGCAUCAGCAGCGGUCGAUGGCGGGUGACAUGGACAUUGGCUCGGCAUCGUCCGGCCGCUAUCAGGUGCCGCGCCACCGUCCUGGCAUGGGGUGGUUCUGGCUGCACGGACCGGACCUCACGGUUAGCCAAAGGCACACUCCCACCAGCCACGAGUGCACAACUCGAUGCGUGUGUGCACCUUAGGUAGAGGUUGAGCCUGUCGAGAGUGUGUAUGAGGGCGUCUGUGAGGGUGAGGAGCCUGACGCCAACGUGCCCAUGCCUGUGUGGGCGACAGUGCGGUCACACGACCACCUGCACGUACGGCAUUGCAAUGAGUGAGAGUGUGCCAUGGGUUGGCCGAUCUGUGGAUGGAUGGGUGCGUCGCGACACGUGUGUGUGUGUGUAUGUGUGUAUGUGUGUGCAGCCGCAGCUGAGAGGCCAGAGGGCCCAGCUGUAUGCCACCAUCAAGGGUACGCACCCCUAAACACACAUCACCAUGACGUGUGUGUGUGUCUGCGCGUGUGUGUCUCAGGGAUAGUUGAUGCGCCGGACGAUGUGACGGGCCAUCCACCCAACAUGUCCGACGCCAUGCAGAUGCAGACAGACACGCUGCAGCAGUCGAGCGUAGCGUAGCGUAGCUUACUUUGCCUAUCCUUCGUGUGCACAGACAGCCGUCCAGUCCAUGUGCAGUGUACAGAG